AUGCCGCUACGUGAUCAAAUAACAAGCUCGCUACCAGAUCUGAGCGUUCCGAUACUGCUUAGCGUGGUUGGGGUCUUGAUCGUGUCAUAUCUCGUCGUCGACGUCUAUCUGCAAUACCGCAAGCUUCAGCACAUCAAAGGCCCGUGGCUGGCUGCCGUGUCGCCAAUAUGGCUCUUUUACCACACCUGUCGUGGAGAUCUGUACCUCGCAGUUGAGUCUGCGCUGAAGACAUAUGGCUCGCCAGUCCGAAUUGCGCCCGAUAUCGUCGCGAGCGACGACCCGGCCAUGCAGCGGCACAUGGAAGCGCCUCGGUCGGCGUGGAAGAAGGGUCGCUGGUUUAAGGGCAUGAAAUUUGAUCCACGCAUGGACAACCUUCUCUCUAUGGCCGAUGACGAUGCCCAUGCGAAGUUGCGCACGAAAUUGAUGCCUGGCCUGAUAGACCACCUGUACUCGGGAAAGGAAGUGCCGAACCUCGAGCAGGAUGUUGAUGGCCGCGUUAAAGAGCUCAUAGAGCUGAUCGACCGCGACUACGUUGAUAAGCAGGAAGCCAUGGACUUUGCCCAGCUUGCUGGCUAUUUCACCCUAGACAUUCUCACCAAGCUCGCCUUUGGCCACCCCAUCGGCUAUCUGACCUCCAACUCAGAUCUGUAUGACUACCACAAGUCAUCCGCGGCGUUCUACCCAGUAAUGGAACUGAGCUCGAACCAUCCCACAAUCCUGAACAUCCUCAACAGCCCAUUGAUGAGGGGUGCUGCACCCAAACCAACGGACAAGGUUGGCUUUGGGGCGAUCGUUGGUGUUGCCCACAAAGCUGUGGCCGAGCGCUUCCAACCAGACACAAAGCAGGUCGACGACAUGCUUGGGUCUUUCAUUCGUCAUGGCCUUAGCCAGGAAGAGUGUGAAGUCGAGUCGCUGCUGCAGAUUCUCGCCGGUGCCGACUCAACCGCCACGGCCCUCCGUACCACAUUCUUGUUCAUUUUAUCGAGCCCUGCAGCAUACCGAAAGCUCCAAGAUGAAAUUGCGGCAGCUGUAGAUGCCGGCAACAUCUCCUUUCCCAUCAUCAAGAACGCCGAAGCGCAGGCGCUACCGUAUUUGCAAGCGUGUAUCCAAGAAGGGCUCCGUAUGUUCAUGCCCCUUCAAGGUCUUGCAGGCCGGGUGGCUCCCAAGGGCGGUGACACGGUCAACGGUGUCUACUAUCCCUCAGGUACCGAGGUAGGCAUGUCAACAUAUGCAGUGGGCCACCGGCGCGACAUCUACGGGCCGGAUGCAGACACCUUCCGACCGGAGCGCUGGCUCGAGAGUGAUAUCGAAAAGCUUCGGAACUAUCAACGAACAAAUGAGCUGGUUUUCGGCUACGGCAAGGUUGGCUGUUUGGGGAAGCCAAUCGCAAUGAUGGAACUGGGCAAGGCCAUCACCGAGCUCUUACGUCGAUACGACUUCACACUGGUCAACCCUUUUAACAAUAUUAAUGUUAGGUCAAACUCCGUGGUUGUUCAGACAGACAUAUUCAUCGAAGACCUAGAGAAACGAGCACAAGGCGGUGCCGAAACGGAAACCAUCUAUGCUAACCAACCGAUCGAAUCCGGAAACGAUUCUGAACAUGCCGGACUACCGUCGAUGUCAAGGCCGUCAGAGGCGCUCGAACACCUGACAACGCAACAGGUUACCGAUAGCGCCCGUCGGGUCACGAUUGUAGAUAGGCUGUCUGAGACCGACUCUGGGAGAGCAUCGCCAUCCGCUCACUUGGUCAACCCAUUCUCAAGUUACUAUCCUCGAUAUGUUGCUGAUAGCUCGGGUCAGCCGUAUUAUCUGGGGACGUCUUCAAACUGGGCCUUCAACCGCCGGGUGCUGUCAAUCGUCCACGAGCGACUGACAGGGCAAGCGCCUCCUGCUGCUAACACGCCGUUCGACGGUACCAUGUAUGACUUGGGGUGGGAUGGCAUGCGCGAUGAUGGUGGGACAGACAUGUGCGAGCUACCGUCUGCUGACCACGCCAGCUAUCUCAUCAGUGCUGUCAAAUUCCACUGCGGCCAACUAUUUCAUCUGUUCGACGAGCCAAGCUUUAUGCGGCAGUUUGAUGAAUUCCACAAUGCGAAUACGACGUCGAAACCCCGAGGUUUGUGGUUUGUGCAUUUUCUUCUCAUUCUUGCGUUUGGGAAGGCAUUCGUUGCGCGUCGCAACAACUCUCGGAGGCCUCCAGGCUGCGAACUGUUUGUCCAAGCAAUGAAACUAAUGCCGGAAAUCACCUUCCUCCGCACGAAGCCUCUACAGGCAAUAGAAAUACUCUGUUGUAAAGCCCUCUACUUGCAGUGCCUUGAUUUCAGGUGUGCAGCAUACAAUGUGAUUGGCCAGGCGCUGAGGUUGUCCCUUGAGCAAGGCAUGCAUACAAACAUGGAAGAUCAAGGCCUGGACGAUGCGCAUGUACAGAGAUGUAUGAAUGUCUGGUGGACAGUGUAUAUACUAGACCGUCAGAUGUCUUCAUUGAUGGGCCUGCCUUUGGCAUUGCAGGACAACGACAUCAGCGCCCCUCUGCCAACAAUCUCUGGGUCGGUCCAAAAGAGCCUCGCAUUGGAAAUACAUGUGAAGCUUUCUAGGAUUCUCUCGCAAAUACUGAACACCGUGUACGGAAACGAUGGACGCCUUACCAGGAGGUUUGUAUCGAGCACGAAGAGUGCUUUGAAGAAUAUCGCUGAGGUGAGCGACGAGCUCAAGCACGCAUUCGGAGGCUUGCUCGGAUCGUCUACUGGUGGCAUCUCGCGCGUGGUUGCACACCUUCACCUUUUGCACCAUCAGUGUGUAGUGCUAGCAACAAGACCGCUGCUCUUUAAUCUUCUUAAGAUGAGAUUUGACGCGCCCAACGGGGGCGGCCCUCUCGCUGCUGCCUUGGGGAGCGCAGGUCGCUUACUGCAGACCUGCGUUGAGUCGUCUCAGCAUAUUGUCGCUGUCCUAGACAAGUUAAAGGAGCAGGGCUUGUUGGCAGAGAGUUUCCUUCCGUUUGAUCUCGAGGCAGCAACUGCAGCCAGUAUGGUGCUGCUGCUGGCGCCUGUACUUGAUGGAGAACUCCUGACCAACAAUGCGUCUUGGCUGGAUCGAAUAUGCGCUCUUUUCGACGAGAUGAUCCUGCACGGUCAACUACAAGCGUCCAGUCAAAAGUCCGAGUUGCAACACUUGCAGCAGGUAUUUUGCUCGAUUCCUUAUCCGUUGACUGAGAGCCCAGACUUUCCGGACCGCGCUGUUGCCAAUAGUCAGCCGACUGCGCCAAACGCCGCUCAGUCGUACGGUCUCGAGCCCGACCAGGCAAUAAUGGACAUCACUUUCGAUGAGGAUGCUAUCUUCCGAACAGAUUUUACUGCAGAACAGCUGAUGUCACUCGCGGAUACCCUCGAUUUGGACGGCAUCGAUUGGAUGACGACUGGAUCUUCUAAUCUGGCCGAGCAGCUGUAG